AAACUUGCUGUUUAAUUUUGCAAUCAUAAGAGUCUUUGUAGACCUCAUGUAAAUUUAUAAAAUAAAAUAAAAAAUAUCUACUUGUCGAAUAUUAUAGAUUAUCUAAUCAUAAUAUCUAUCUUUUAUAGAAUUAUAAAGCUUAGGCUAAUGAUUACAAAUACGAUAUAGAUAUUAGCUUGGAUAGGCAAUGUCAAAGGUUUUAUAGCGAUAAUAGGAGCAAUACAUGCCUUGGUUUUUCUUCGAAAUCAUUCGACAAAUCGUUAUGUCAUUUAAAUUGUCUACAAAAGUAGCUUACUAUCCUACUCUUCUAUUUAAUGUUUUAAGAGAGAAAUUUGGGGUCACUAAAUGGUAUCACGCUAUUGAUGAUACUGUUAUACUUGGAGCAUUGCCGUUUAGAAAUGUUGCGAAGAAGUUAAUUACUGAGUACAACAUAAAAGGCGUUGUUUCAAUGAACGAACUUUAUGAGAUGAAAUUUUUUUGUCCUACGAAGAACGAAUGGUCGAAUAUGGGUGUUGAACAGAUAAAUCUACCAACAAUCGACUAUAGUGUACCUUCUUUAACUGAUAUAAGAAAAGGAGUUGAUUUUAUUAAUCAUAAGAGAGAUGAGAAAAGCACUGUCUAUGUUCAUUGCAAAGCUGGAAGAACCAGAAGCGCAACAUUAGUAGCUGCUUAUUUAUGCAAUAGGUAUAACUAUUCCCCAGAAGAAGCAGUAGAAGAAAUAAGAAAAAAAAGAAGUCAUAUUUAUGUUGCUAAAAGACAUAUUCUAGCAUUGCAUAAGUUUGUUGAUUCUUCUCAUAAUUAA